GCCAUGAAGGUCCAAAUCUUGAGACGCUUUGCCAGGGGCUACGGCACCUGUUCCGGAGCCUAUCGUCUAAUGGAACGGGAGACAGGCAAGCUGUGUGAUCCUUGCAAGGCGAAGGCGGAUGCCAGAGGCGAGGUGGCACGCCUGCGCCAGGAGGAGGCUGAAGCAGCAGCGGCUGCUGCGACGGCUGGUAACCAGGGCCAGCCAGGUGCUUUGGCUGAGAGCGGCGCCUCCCAGUAG